UAUUAUGAACUACUCACGAAACAGCUAGUGUUUCUGUACGAAAAUCAUUCCGAGAACGUAUGUCUAGGAAGAGUCAAGUCCGGUUGGUGGAAGUUUUCGCAUAGUUCGCUCAGUGCUUGACUCCACUAUUUCCCCCUUUUACUACCUAGGUAGGUAGCAAUGGUUGGUCAUUGGUUUCAUUCUCGCGUGGUUCCAUUAGGACCAGAGUAGUGGGAAACAACAUGAAUCUUGGCCUUUUCGCCGCGUGAAUGGGACAUCUUGUCUCGAGUUUAGCCGCCUACUAGAUUUGAUGCAACCUCAAGAUCGUGGAGAAUCCUUGAGAAGCUUAGCAUGUCCGCUAUGGCCAAGCAAUAUUUUCUGCCUUCAUCGGCAAAAGGGAUUAAGGAUUGAUUCUAGAUUCUAGGCAACGUGAUAUAUGAGCUCUGCGGACAACUAUUUUUGAGGGGAAUCGGGUAAAUUUUGACGGUUUCGUUCGAGAAGUCGUAAAACCCUUAGAAACCUGUGUUCUAUUUAACUUCUCACUAAUACCCGUCGAAUUUAGGAAAGUCAGGUUCUAAGCAACUCACACUGCUGACUACGAUGUCACUCCUACUACUCAUAACAGGGGCCGUCUCCUUGCCACUGGCGGUGUUCGGAAGGACCAUUAACCUGGAAACUCGCCAGUCAGGAAGUGCGGUCACCGUAAGCCUUGACCAGAAAUAUCAGACCAUUGAUGGGUUCGGUUGCUCGGAGGCUUUUCAGAGAGCCGUUCAGAUGUCCAAGUUAUCAGAGUCGCAGCAGCAGUAUACUCUAGACCUCCUCUUCAGCCAAACAAACGGAGCUGGCUUGUCCAUUCUUCGCAAUGGCAUUGGCUCAUCACCGGACAUGAGUUCUGAUCAUAUGGUCUCGAUACAACCUAAGAGUCCAGGAGGUCCAUCAAGCACGCCUAACUACGUCUGGGAUGGUUCGGAUAAUAAACAGCUUUGGGUUUCCCAAGAAGCUGUAAAGCGUGGGGUGAGGACUAUCUACGCCAAUGCUUGGAGUGCGCCCGGCUAUAUGAAGACGAAUGGAAACGACGCAAACGGUGGAAGUCUGUGUGGAGUGGGUGGCGCUUCUUGUUCGAGCGGCGACUGGAGGCAGGCGUAUGCUGAUUACUUGGUACAAUAUAUCAAGUAUUACCUAGAGGCUAAUGUAACGAUAACGCAUCUGGGAUUUGUUAACGAACCGGAUCUCACGACUAACUAUGCUUCGAUGCGCUCCUCGGGCUCACAAGCAGCUGAUUUCAUUAAAGUACUCGGUCCUACUCUCGAAAAGGCCAAUUUAAGCUCGGUCAGUAUCAACUGCUGCGACACAGAAGGGUGGAGUAGUCAAGCAAGCAUGUUGGGCCAGCUUGGCUCAGUGGAUAACUUCAUAUCGACCAUUACAGCUCAUUCCUAUACAUCUUCCCCUAGCUCGCCGAUGAACACGCGCCAUCGCGUUUGGCAGACCGAAGCUGCCGAUCUGAAUGGGCAAUGGCAAGGGGCAUUUUACAGCAGUGGUGGCGCGGGAGACGGUAUAACCUGGGCUAACAACAUCUAUACUGCGGUCGUGAAUGCGAACGCUUCUGGCUACUUAUACUGGAUUGGCGCUCAGACCGGAUCGACGAAUUCAAAGUUGAUCCGCAUUGAUGGCGAUAAAGUCACUCCUUCUAAGCGCCUGUGGGCUUUUGGCCAAUGGAGUCGAUUCGUCCGACCUGGUGCGAUUCGUGUAGGCGUUCAGGGGGCACCGUCGGGUGUACGCACUGCAGCAUUCCAAAACGUUGAUAGCUCUGUUGCGGUUGUAUUCAUCAAUUCAGGGGGCUCGGCCGCCAACGUCCAAGUCAAAGUCGGCGGCGGGAGUGGGUUUAACUCGAGUACUGCAGCCGCCUACUUGACUGACAAUAGUCACGAUGUGAGCGACUCAACUGUGUCGCUGAGCGGAGGAACAGCUUCUGCCAGCGUACCCGGAAGAGGUAUGGUUACUCUCGUGCUGAAGCAAGAGGAAGCGACGUAAUCGUAGAGCGUUGAUUGUUGGUAUGAUUUCUAUCAAUAAACAAUUAUUAUUAUGAGUUUCAGCGGAUCACAUGGCGUAUUGUUGUGCAUUUGGGUAGUUGAUAUAGGUCCUGGUCGCGUCAUGAUCGAAGCCAUCUGGCUUUCAACCCCUGGAGAUGGCAAAUAGUUUUAAAAUCCGUGAAUACCUAAUGGAUGUCAUAGGAGUGACUUGAAGCCAUAAUUCCAGGUUUAAUAGGGCUCAAGCUAAAUUAAGAUACCUACAUGAUUGGCGAUCGCGGGUAUCUUUAAAGCCCGUGUUUUUAUCCUGACUCUGCUCAGUCCGAUGUGAACAACUCUUUCAAGGUCCUCGAAGUCCGACCCACUACGCAUUUGGCAGGUAGUAGUAGCGUUGCAACGAAGUUUGCUUACUUGGGUAGAUCGAGACAGGGAGAGAAUCCGACUUUCCUAACAUAAUCUGCGAUGGCAAACACUGAGAGCGUAAAAUGAUAUGUCAAAGACACUCGUUUACAUUUCUACUUAGCUUAUGAGUUUGCAAUAUAUCUAGAGAAAAAGAAAACCAUCUCACGUAGGUGACAGAUAACAGAUGUCCUUAUGU